AUGGGCUAUGCUCAGAUCGAAGAGGCGAGCAGCAGCAGCUGGAGCUCCCGCCGGGCGUCCCGCGCGUCCCUGCGGAGCUGCCGCGCUCUCUCGAGGUCGAUCCGCUGGGCUUCCUCGGCCUCCCCGCUCAGGCAGCGCACGGCGCUGACACCGAGGUCACUCUCCCACAGCGCCUGCGCGGCAGCCCCGCCGGCCCCCACUGCCCACGCGCGCGCGCACCCUCCCGCCCUCGCUACCCUGAGACCGCCGUGGGCGCCGAGGCCCCGCCGCCCGGGCCCACCUCCGGGCCGAGCUCAGCGACCCUCUGGGCCGGGGAGGCAGCGGGAGCGGGCGGGUGGGGCCGCCGGGACGAGCGAGGCGGGCGUGGGCUCGGGUGUCGCGCGAGGUAAGGUCUCCCCGCCCGGCCUCGCCCAGACGCCGGCGCCUCCUUCCCCGGGAAGCGGCGGCCCGCCUCGCCCCCGCGCCGCCGCCGCCUUCGAGGUUCCCCGAAGGCCUGCGCCCGGCGGCGAGAGCACAGCCACCGGGGCGCCCCUGCAGCGAGCUGCCGCCGACGGCUCCCCGUGCCCGACGCGCCCAUCCCUCGCCGCCGCCUGGCACCGCUCCGAGGCGCCCUUGGCCCUGCCUGCGCCCGCCGCCCGCAUGGCGCUCCUAUAA